CCUUAUGACUGAUGGAUGGCCCAUCCGGCAGGCAGCCUGGGCCCGCCAGCAUUCCUGUUUGGUGAGGGCAGGAAGCCGGGGCAAGGGGAGGCAGGUGGAGAGUCAGGAGGUCUGGGGUCGGGGCAUAGCGUGGCCUUGGCUCCUGACCCCUUCUUCCCUCAGGUGAAGGCGUUUGGGCCGGGGCUGCAGGGAGGCAGUGCAGGCUCCCCCGCCCGCUUCACCAUUGACACCAAGGGCGCCGGCACAGGUGGCCUGGGCUUGACAGUGGAGGGCCCCUGCGAGGCACAGCUCGAGUGCCUGGACAACGGGGACGGCACAUGUUCUGUGUCCUAUGUGCCCACCGAGCCCGGGGACUACAACAUCAACAUCCUCUUCGCUGACACCCACAUCCCUGGCUCCCCAUUCAAGGCCCACGUGGUUCCCUGCUUUGACGCAUCCAAAGUCAAGUGCUCAGGCCCUGGGCUGGAGCGGGCCACCGCUGGGGAAGUGGGCCAAUUCCAAGUAGACUGCUCGAGCGCGGGCAGCGCGGAGCUGACCAUUGAGAUCUGCUCAGAGGCGGGGCUGCCGGCUGAGGUGUACAUCCAGGACCACGGCGACGGCACGCACACCAUUACAUACAUUCCUCUCUGCCCCGGGGCCUACACUGUCACCAUCAAGUACGGCGGCCAGCCUGUGCCCAACUUCCCCAGCAAGCUGCAGGUGGAGCCUGCAGUGGACACUUCCGGCGUCCAGUGUUACGGGCCUGGGAUUGAGGGCCAGGGUGUCUUCCGUGAGGCCACCACCGAGUUCAGUGUGGACGCCCGGGCUCUGACACAGACCGGAGGGCCGCACGUCAAGGCCCGUGUGGCCAACCCCUCAGGCAACCUGACGGAGACCUACGUUCAGGACCGAGGCGACGGCACGUACAAAGUGGAGUACACGCCUUACGAGGAGGGACUGCACUCGGUGGACGUGACCUACGACGGCAGCCCCGUGCCCAGCAGCCCCUUCCAGGUGCCCGUGACCGAGGGCUGCGACCCCUCCCGGGUGCGUGUCCAUGGGCCAGGCAUCCAAAGUGGCACCACCAACAAGCCCAACAAGUUCACUGUGGAGACCAGGGGAGCUGGCACGGGCGGCCUGGGCCUGGCUGUAGAGGGCCCCUCCGAGGCCAAGAUGUCCUGUAUGGAUAACAAGGAUGGCAGCUGCUCAGUUGAGUACAUCCCUUAUGAGGCUGGCACCUACAGCCUCAAUGUCACCUAUGGUGGCCAUCAAGUGCCAGGCAGUCCUUUCAAGGUCCCUGUGCAUGAUGUGACAGAUGCGUCCAAGGUCAAGUGCUCUGGGCCCGGCCUGAGCCCAGGCAUGGUUCGUGCCAACCUCCCUCAGUCCUUCCAGGUGGACACAAGCAAGGCUGGUGUGGCUCCACUGCAGGUCAAAGUACAAGGGCCCAAAGGCCUGGUGGAGCCAGUGGACGUGGUGGACAACGCUGAUGGCACCCAGACCGUCAAUUACGUGCCCAGCCGAGAAGGGCCCUACAGCAUCUCAGUACUGUAUGGAGAUGAAGAGGUGCCCCGGAGCCCCUUCAAGGUCAAGGUGCUGCCUACUCAUGAUGCCAGCAAGGUGAAGGCCAGUGGCCCCGGACUCAACACCACUGGCGUGCCCGCCAGCCUGCCUGUGGAGUUCACCAUCGAUGCAAAAGAUGCUGGGGAGGGCCUGCUGGCUGUCCAGAUCACGGAUCCAGAAGGCAAGCCGAAGAAGACACGCAUCCAAGACAACCAUGACGGCACGUAUACAGUGGCCUAUGUGCCAGAUGUGACGGGUCGCUACACCAUCCUCAUCAAGUAUGGGGGUGACGAGAUCCCCUUCUCCCCGUACCGCGUGCGUGCCGUGCCCACCGGGGACGCCAGCAAGUGCACAGUCACAGUGUCAAUCGGAGGUCACGGGCUAGGUGCUGGCAUCGGCCCCACCAUCCAGAUUGGGGAGGAGACGGUGAUCACCGUGGACACUAAGGCGGCAGGCAAAGGCAAAGUGACAUGCACUGUGUGCACGCCUGAUGGCUCAGAGGUAGAUGUGGACGUGGUGGAGAAUGAGGACGGCACUUUCGACAUCUUCUACACGGCCCCCCAGCCGGGCAAAUACAUUAUCUGUGUGCGCUUUGGUGGCGAGCACGUGCCCAACAGCCCCUUCCAAGUGACGGUGAGGAGGG